ACGUAAGGUUUCCGUAGAAACCGAACUGGCUUUCGUCUGUUGCCUUCUGUUUUGUCGCUUUUCUUGACAAAACAAUCAUGGAAGUUAAAUCUUCACCCAAAAUAUGAGAAGGGAUAAACUACAUAAACUCUUGACAUUCGACAUGGGUUUUCAUAUAUAAAAUCGAACACGUUUUAUCCGAGCUGGUCAGCGCAAUGGGUCCAUCAGGAGAUAAAGUGAGCCCAGAACUGAAGGAUCUGGUCGCAGACACUCGAGAAAAAUCCGAAAACAAGGUUAACGACGUGCUUUCUAAAUUAAAAGAUCUUUUAGGCAGGAAGUCUUUAGGAGAUCAGAGGGAUCUGGAGGCAUGCAAACAGAGUCUUUACUCUCACGGUGUGCUGCAGUACUGCUCUUCUUCCCUGAGAUUCAGUCCAGCCAAGAUUCACGGAGGCUAUGCGGCUCUGACACAGAUGGCAGACCUCCUCAGCACAUGCUGUGUGGGUCUGGGAGCUUUCAGAGACAUGGAGGUGUUUAGUCACGAUUUUCUGCCUUCUGUGGUGGAAAGCCUUCUUUUUCUUGCAGACCGUCUAAUGAACAGAGCUUUGCGGGACAAGGCACAUAAUGAGAUAAUCCGUUUAUUUAGAAAAGUCUUUGAUUCGAUUGGCUGGCUCCUCAGGACUCAUACACAUCUCAUUCAUCACGUUCUGAGAUCUAAACAUUAUGAGAACAUCCAAGUCUGUGAAGAUGACGACGUCUCCAUUGUUACUGUCACCAUGUGGAACAAUAUCUUCAGGGCAAACGGUGCUGUUGUAGCUGAGAUGGGAAACAGGGCUCUGACUGACAUCAUGGAUGAUAUUGUGUAUAAAAUGUCCAGUAGCUCGAAUCCUGUGAUUGGCAGAGCAGCUGUAAAGACCCUUGUUCUGAUUAUGGACCACAGCAGCUCAACCCAUCAUCUCAUUCACAAACGAUACAGAGGUUUGGCUGAUUUAGCUGUGAAAGACUGGCGUGGUAAAGGCUUUGACUCUGUUCUGGAUCAGCUUAUUGAUCACUUGCGGUCAGACGUCCCAUGGAGAGACACUACGGAGUCAUCUGAGGAGUGUGUGCGAGCAGCUUGUAUUAUCCAGGCAGCCUGGAGAGCCCAUCAGACCCGGAAAAGACUUCGGAAACUCCCCAGAGCGGUCAGCACACUACAGCGCAGCUUCAGGGAAAAGCGCAGGCGACAACAGGAACACACUGAGAGAUAUCGCGCAGAAGAAGAAUUACGUCAUCAAGUGUGUCUGCGAAGACAGAGAGCCAUGAGACAGUUCCGCCAACACCAGCUUCAUCUGAUGGAGAUACUGCCGGCUGCCCAGGUGGAGAGAUACCUGGGGGAGCUGGAGAACAAGGCAGCUGUGCUGAUUCAGAGAGUGUGGAGAGGACACCGAGAGAGACGCAGCUUCCAGCAGCACAGAUACAUUCUCAGACAGCACAGAGCUGCUGUCACUCUACAGAGAGCCAUUCUGCAGUUUUUAAAACGUCGUAGAGCACAGAGAAGUAUUCUCACGCCAUUAAAAGGACCCAGAGGACUGACUGACAGGAGAAGAACGGAGCUCAGGCAACACAUACAGGAGCACAUCUCCCUACAUCCCUCUUCAGUGACGUCAGCAGAGGGCAGUGUGGAGCUCCAUCAGAGAGCACAGAGUCUCCUGCACCAGCACCUGAUCCACAGAGCAUCCGAUCGAGCGCAGGAGCAGCACAGACAGGCUCUACUUGCGCAGAUCAACACAGACUUGGAGCUUUUACUAAAUGCGCCGUCGCUGAAGGAUGCCAGAGCGGAGGAUGUGAAUCUGUUCCUGAGCCGCUCCUGCCCUGUGGCCACACGCGCCCGUCAAUCCCACAAUGCCUUGAUGCAGAGCAUGCGUCUCCCGUGGUGGAGGACGCUCGGAGAGGAGUCCUCCAGCCCAGAGGAGCCUCCCAGGAAAGACUAUGACAUGGACAUUGAGUCACUGUAUCUAGGUGGCAACUAACAGAUGAUGAAACUCAGACUUUAUUUGCAAUAUAUUGUUCAUAUCAAUAUGAAAGAAUGAUACAUGUGGACAGGUUUAAUAGCAAGUUAAGGCUUCCAAUGUGAUUUAAGAGCAAUAUCACAAACAACAGAACAAAUACAGUGAACUACAUUUACAUUUUUUUGGGUGAACUGUCCUUUAAAAAAAACAGCAAAACAAUACAAGUUUUGUACAUAAGUUCUUGUCUUUUUGUUAAAUGUAUUAUUAAACAUGUCAGGUACAUGGUGCACUAGCAGUCAGUUUCAAGACUAUUAUAGUCACCUUUUUAACAUCAUAUAAAGUGCUAGUUAUUUAUAUUUAUUUAGUUAGUUUGGGGUCAUAUAUCAGCUGUGGUAUUUGGCUUUUUUUUAUUUUUAUCCAGGUACUCUAAUUUUUUUCAAUUUUCAACAUUUUUAAAGGCUUAAAAUACAAUUUGUCAUCACAGACCAAAAAUAAGUACUAAUAUGAAAAUAUAAGAGAAAUGGAAAAUGAAAAUAUAAGAGAUCAGUGGAUUAAGAAAAUAAAAUUCAGAAAAUUUUCUUGGUCCUUUAGACACGGUGUGUGUGUGUGUGGUUGCGUGUGUGUGUGAGUCUGCUGCAUGCCCAUAGUGGCCAAAACAUGCCAAGGGCCCAUUCACUGUACAGCCGUCAUUAUUUUUUACACUCAUGUGAAAACAACAGAGUGGUCCACUCCACCGGCACGAUUAAAAUAACAUUUUCAAGAGCGGAAAAAUAUGAUGGGGGAAUAAUUGUCUUCUCUUUAUGCAGCAUUUUAAACUGCGGGUAAGUGAGGCCUGCUUUUGGAGGAAGCAGAGCUGUGUGCGUAGUUGUGUGAAUGCAACUGUAAUGUGUAUGUGUUUCUGCCUGUGAAAGUGUGAAUGCAAUGAAUGUGUGUGUGUGUGUGAGAGAGAGAGAGAAAGAGAGAUCGUGAAUGAAUGUGUUUGCUGUUGUGGAGGGAAAAAGUCCAGGUAAGAGCGAAAUCACUGUGCCUGCCUAAACACUGGCUUGUUCCACAAGCCAAAGUGGUUUAAUUGAUAAACCAUUUAUGCUGCGGCCUAAUUGUAGAGUUUUACCACAGUUGUAGCUUUGUUUAGCUUUCUCUCCGAGUUACUCCCGUCAGAUGUUAUGUGUUCAGAUAACAGCUUUGAACUUAUUACCAGACUGUACAAAUGUACCAAAAAUGACUGUGAAAAGAAAUAAGAAUAUAAGAUAAAGGAAUUAGUUUGUUACAUGUAGAGUACCCUUCAAAGGUUUGGGGUCGGUAAGUAUUUUUUUAAUUAAUAAUUGUGAUAGUAAGAUUAUUUGUAAUGUUAAAAAGGAUUUCUAUUUUAAUUAAAUGCUGUUCU